AUGGCGGACCCAGAUUUCGACUUUGAUGUGCCUGCUACAGAGGGCUCUUCAGUUGGUGGAGCCAGUGCCAAGCGCUCCGGAAAGUCUCAGGCCUCGGAUGGCAAGCCAAAGAUUUGCCUUUUCCCUGGCUGCGAUUCUGACCCAAAAGCCAAUCGGAGGCAUUGUGGCCAUCAUCACAGGCAUUUGGACAACAUGAGAAACCAAAUCAUGAAGGAAAAGGGUGCUGAGUCUGUGAAGAUUUGGGUUGAGAAGUGUAAGGACCCGGACUUUGCCAACUCCCAGAUUGAGUAUAUGGCCAAGAAGUGCGUUGGACUAGCGAUGUUUGCUCGGGCGCCUUUGAUUGACUUCGUCCAGUGGGAGCAGGAAUUUGGAGUCAUGGUGUCAACCAAGUCUGCUAACCAGACUCAGCCUUUCGAGGAAGAGCAGUGGAUCCUCCGCCAAGUCAACAAGUUUGGGCGCCAGAGAGAGGACAUGGUCGUUGAAUGGAAGCAAAAGCUGGCAGGCCCAUGGAAGCGUGACUACUUGGGAUACAAAGGUGCUCUCCGACUUUGGCUGCCUGCAAAAGAGUUCGAAGAGAAGGCUGAGACCAACUUCAUCAAAGGAGCUUCCCAUGAAGUUUCCAAGCAGAAAAAGAAGCCGAAGCAGUUUGAGACUGAGGCGUUCAGAGCUCAUGCCAAGGAGGCUGGUUUCAAUCAUGGCCAUGCUUUUUUGGGGGGCCAUGUGGACACCGGAGAUGAUGCUGAGGAGGAGUGUGAAGCAAUGGAAAUUCAAAAACUACCUGAGAAAGGUGCUUCAGUGAAGCGAAAGGCCUGUGCGGAAACCCUUGAUGCCUCCGAAGAUGAGGAAGAGGCUGCCACCGGCAAGGCCUCUCAAAAACCAAAGAAGGCACGCAAGGGAGGCAACGGUUCAGGUGCUCGCGCAGCCUUGUUUGAUGCUCUUUCCAAGCAGCUUUUGGCGAAGCACACUAGCUUAGUUGCCAGAAAAGAGGAGGCUGAGAAGGCUGUCAAGACAGAGGCAGAUGCCCCUCGACCCGAAGCUGCAACAGAUGUCACGACCCGGAAGCUUUACAAUGAGGCUUUGGAUGCGAAUCUCCGGAUGGUAAAGGCAUGGCUGGAUGCAAAGCACUUGAAGGAAUGCAUUGUAGCCUUCAACAAAGAAGUGACGGACAGUGGAAAGGCCGAUCAAGUAGUAGAUGCAGACGCGGCCGACACUUUGACCGCGCAGUCGCCUGGUUUCAAGUGGGCUGUGGACGCAGCAGGUUCUUCAGUGAGUAUGGCCCGCAAACACCUGCUUCGGCCUUUCGCCUUCAUGCAGGAAUUCGUGGGCGGAAUCCCUGACGGUCCAGUUGAGGAGGAAGCCUUGGAAAAGAUUCGCUUGGCCUGGCGGCGCAUGUUGGCUUGCGCCACGCAGUUGGAGAGUUCCAUCAAGAAGAGUUCUGCGGAUGUGAGCAGGCAUGUGUCUGGCCUUGCAGCAGCCACUGAGCGAAGGAAAAAGAAGGAGAAGGACCAGCAGGAAAAGAAUGCUGAAGCACAGCACCUGGCUAAAGAGAAAGAGAAGGCCAAGAAGGCUGUGGCCGAUGGUGCCGACUUGCCCCACAUCUUCAAGCUGACUGGAGAUAGUGUCUCGCCUGUCUUGGUCAAGGAGACCAAUAACGUCCAGGACUCGAUGGAUUUGAGCGAGCCCUUUGUCUUGUCGAAGUCUUCCCUCUAUGCAGCUUGGACCAACAAUGCCACACUUCUGCAAGUCAUGACCAAUUUUGGGGCCAGGUACAAGAAGUCUCCAAGCUUGGACAGUACUGGGAAGGUGGCCCAGCCGUUUGCAACCAAACAAGGGAAGGAGCCAACAGAGAAGUUCUUUGGCGAUGCGAUGAUGCUGGUGCGAAAGAGCAUUGUGGACAUCAGCGAGCACACUCCGAAUUGGAUGUCUACCAGCUGGAUGUUUGGUUUGGCGCCCAAGCGUGUGUUCAUCGGCUUUGCCCCAAACUGUGCUGCAAUGCUGCGGUGCCUGAUGUAUGGCGAGGUAGAGGUCUUCUGCCUUCCCGUGGCAAAGUUCGUGCAGGCCGUGAAGGAUAAGCACCCCUCAGUUGCUAUUUCGACCUUCUCAGAGUUUGAGCAGGUGGUGCAGAGCGGUGACUCUGACUUUUGGACAAAGCUUGGUUUGAAGCCUUGGUUCCACAACCUGAAGAAGGAAGAGAUCAUGUUUACCCCUACAGGCCACAUGGUCAUCGAGAAGACCGGACAGGCAUCGAUGAUCUAUGGUGCGCGCAAGAGCUUCAUCAUCGCGGACAAGGAUGCUGCUGACAACUACACUUGCUGCAAAGACCUGAUGCAUAAAGAUGGGAAGGAUGUGGAGAGGAUGGACCAAGUCCUUCAGUGCCUGAAGGGUUGCUCACAGGCUGCCGCUGUGCCGCUGACCGCGUGCAAAUCGGAAGCCACACAUGAGUGA